AUGACGCCAAACAGCGAAGAGCGCAGCCCUCGCGGUGUCCUCGGCGUGCCGAGAAGGACCGCAUCUCCGAGUCCAGAGGAAGCCGAGUGUAUCGACAGCGAAGAUGAAGACAGCGAGUUGGACAGCCAGAGCCUCAGUCGGAGUGUCGCGUGGAUCAAAGCCCUCCUUUUUGCUUCCCUGCCGCUUGACGAUUUCCACCUGGGGCUAACGGCCUUGCAUCCCGACGCCGGUGAGCCAAGCCGCUCCUUCAUGUACAGAGACAACAUUUCCUCCAUUCUCAAUCGCGUCGCUCCCGCGGCCUACAAGGUUCCGCAGCUGCUGGUGUCGAUCAAGACGUCUUCGGCUCGGCCGCGGAGUGCUGAAAGCGGGACUGAGAACGUCGAAGAGGCUUUCCUGCACGUGGCGGACCCCACAGGCGAGAUGCCGGCCGCGGUGCACAGGCGGGUCACGAGCCUCCACGGCGCGAAUCUCGUGUCCGGAUCUGUCCUCCUUCUUCGCGAUGUCACAGUGUUUCUCUCGGAUUGUCGGAUGCCUUGCCUCGCGAUCACGCACGCGAACGUCGUACGAGCUUUCUCGCCCGAAGAGUGGACGGCUUCUUUUCAGACGGCCUUCGGUGUCGAGCGUGACAAGGAAAUCCUGACCCAGGCCUCUCCUGAGGAUCAACGAGGGAAGGAGCCCAGCGUUGCUGCCGGUCCUCUCGGAGGCAGAGUUGAAGAGUCGUCCCUUGCAGGCGUCGCAGGAGCUUUACCCGCCGAGUGUCCGCCGACCCCGCGCACGGAUCGUCGAGGCGAAACACAGAGGACGCAGGGGACAGCCAGUGCUGUGUCUUCUGCGACGCACGUCAAGGAAGAGAUGCGGAACCUCGGCUCCGUAUCUCAGGGCGGUUCUUCACAAGCGCCAGCUGGGCUGCUGUGGAACUCACAAAACCCGCCUGUAGACGACACCUCGUUGCUGAUUGAAGAUUUGGAAGGUGUAGAGGAUUGUGACGCCCCGCCUCGCAUUCACGAACGUCCACCAAACGCAGCCCGCACCGCACACUCCGUCGUCUCCAGCACGCACUGCACGUCGUCUCGGGCCGUCCCCGUUUUAGCCAGUUCCAGCCUGCGUAUGCAUGCGCCAAUGCCGAACAAAACAGAUGUGGCAGAGCGGCGUCUCUCUCCUGUAGAAGCGCUCGAGCCAGGUUUAGGUGCUUCAGCGGUCUCUUUCGGCCAAAACAGUCAGGCGAGUGCGACAGACGGGGGAGGCGGUCGCCGUUCUUCGAGCGGCCUUGACGGAAACUUUGGCGAAGACCCAGCGGCGGUCGCUUCCGCCGGAUUGAGCGGCAUCGAAAUGUGCCGAGAGGCUGGGCGGGGAAGUUCAGUCGAGGCUGUGGACGGAAAGACAGAGAGGGGCGCAGUGGAGAGGGGUGUCUGUGGAGAUGCCUCUGUGGAGCAAGCGCGGGGGCAUCGAGAAACUGGGAAAGAUACACCUUUCUGUUCAACUGAACAACUGGACGAGUUGCUAGAUAUUCUUCUGGAAGAGCCCGAGAGAAGCGAGUCAUAA